AGAGAGGGAGGGCGGUUACGGCGAUAUCUGACGUUCCUCCGGUGAGCAUAAGGGAGCAGUUACCGCCGCCGCCUCCUCUACAUUUCUCUUUUCCUCCGCUGCUCCCUCACCCUCCCUUUUUUUUUUAAAAUAACAACCAGCAUUCUCAGUGAAGUCCUUUUGGUGCCGAUCCAUUCCAUCGUUUCUUUCGUCUCGAAUUUAUUAUUUUCGGAAAUGGGGGCUCCACUUCAAGGGGUCAUCAAGGAUAUCAAAGGGAGGGCACAAUGCUACAAACAAGAUUGGGUUGAAGGAACUGCUACAGGCUUCAGGAUAAUGGCUCCUACCUUGUACAUCUUUUUCGCUUCUGCACUUCCCGUAAUUGCUUUCGGGGAGCAACUAAGUAAAGAUACAGAUGGAUUACUGACCACCGUCGACACUUUAACUUCUACUUGUCUCUGUGGUAUCAUACACUCAGUACUCGGGGGGCAGCCUAUGUUGAUAUUAGGUGUUGCAGAACCCACAGUGAUAAUGUAUUCCUACAUGUAUCAUUUUGCCAAAGGGCGCCAAGAUCUUGGCACAAAGUUGUUUUUGGCUUGGGCUGCAUGGGUUUGGAUCUGGACAGCUAUCAUGCUGAUACUUCUUGCAGUGUUCAAUGCCGCUUCUAUAAUUGGCAGGUUUACGAGGAUUGCAGAAGAGCUUUUCGGGAUGUUGAUCACAGUGCUUUUCGUCCAGCAGGCUAUCAAGGGAGCUGUGGGUGAAUUUUCCAUUCCUAAAGGCGAGGAUGAGAACCUACCGACUUUUGAUUUUGUAUGGAGAUACACAAAUGGACUAUUGGGUCUCAUAUUCUGCGCUGGGGUGUUGUUCACAUCUCUUAAGAGCAGAAGGGCAAGAUCAUGGGCAUAUGGGUCAGGCUGGUCUAGAGCUUUGAUUGCAGACUAUGGGGUUCCUCUGAUGGUUAUGGCGUGGACAGCAAUGUCAUAUGCAGUACCUGGAAGCAUUCCUUCUGGAGUUCCUCGGAGACUCUAUAGCCCUCUUCCUUGGGACAGCAAAUCCUUGGAGCAUUGGAGUGUCGCAAAGGACUUGUUUUCAGUUCCCCCAGUAUACAUAUUGGCAGCUAUACUGCCUGCGAUCAUGGUCACCGGCCUUUAUUUUUUUGAUCACAGUGUUGCUUCAAAGAUGUCUCAGCAAACUGAAUUUAAUCUAAAAAAACCUUCCGCUUAUCACUAUGACAUUUUGGUCCUUGGCAUCAUGGUUUUGGUUUGUGGAGUACUUGGAAUUCCUCCUUCGAACGGGGUUCUCCCUCAGUCCCCAAUGCACACAAAGAGCCUUUCUGUUCUCAAGAAGCAGCUACUUCGGAAGAGGAUGGUUAAGACUGCCAAGUUGGGCAUGAAGCAAGAUGCCAGCAGCUCAGAAAUAUAUGAUAAAAUGCAAGAAGUCUUCAUACAAAUGGAUGAAAAUCCUGCUGAGUUGGCUACAAUAUCUUCUGCAGUCAUGAGAGAAGAAGGCAGCAGCGAGCAAAAGGGUCCAUUCGAUCCUGACAAGCACGUUGAGGCUUAUUUGCCAGUUCGAGUGAACGAACAGAGACUAACCAACCUCUUGCAGUCAAUUCUUGUUGGUAUUUGUCUUUUGGCUAUGCCUCUCAUCAAGAAGAUACCGACAUCAGUUCUCUGGGGAUAUUUUGCUUUCAUGGCAAUUGAUAGCCUCGACGGAAACCAAUUCUGGCAGAGAGUGCUUCUUCUCUUCAUUUCUCCUCGUAGACGUUUCAAGGUUUUAGAAGGAGAUCACGCUUCAUUUGUGGAGACUGUGCCCUUUAAGGCGAUAGCAGCCUUCACAAUAUUCCAAUCCCUGUAUCUGCUUCUGUGCUUCGGGAUCACUUGGAUACCUAUUGCCGGAGUUCUCUUCCCUGUGCCAUUCUUCAUAUUGAUCGGUCUCAGGCAAUAUGUUCUUCCAAGAUUCUUUCGCGCGCAUGAUUUGCAAGAGAUGGACGCUGCUGAGUACGAAGAAAUUGCUGGAUCCCCUGGUCGUGCGCGCUCACUCUCGCUUAAGGAGAGGGAUGAUUCUGAAGAAACCACUGAUCAGGAUGACUGUGAUGCUGAGAUUUUGGAUGAGAUCACAACCAGCAGAGGGGAACUUAAGCUCAGGAACAGAAAUGUCAAUGAUGACAGAAUUCCACAGGUAUAUCCAGUGGAGCCAUAAGUGUGAAUACUUACUUGACAUGAAAAUCUGCUCAAUUUCCUCGCCUGCGACAGUCUACUGAAGCGCUGGGACACACUGUGGAAAAAGUGGAAGAGAAGAAAAGAAAAGCGAGAGAUUGCAAAAGAGUAUUAUAGAUUGUAACAUAUUCAUGAAGAGCUGAAGUAAUUGCUCUUUAAUUCUUUAUUGUACAAUAAAAUUGAUGUGGUCCUGUAAUAUAUGUACACGUUAAUCUAUUUGCACCGAUGGAAGCUUGGCAUUGUUUGCAAAUAAAAAUUUCCUUCAGAGGUGUAAAACUUGAAAAGUUGUUGUAAAUUCUUGUUCCUUUACGUAUCAUAAUUCAUA